UCAAAAAGCCCUGAUAACCAGUUAAUAGAACCCAAAUUUAAAAAAGGUGAUGCAGUAGAAUUAUCCGGUCAUUAUUCUAAUUCUCCCCACAGUAUCAGGAAAUCUUUUACUGGUUUGGAUUAUAAGAAAUUUAUCAGUAGUAUCCAUGAAGUUAAGAUAAUCAAUAAAGAAUGCUUUGGUUGCGGUGAUAAAUUUAUCUGUUCCUCUCAAGAAAACUUUGAUUAUUGUUCUUCUUGUGAACUAAAUGGUAGCCGACAUAUCCCGGGCAAAUUCGGCAAAAACAAAUGUUCCGAAUGCGGUGAUGGUAGUGGAACUAUUAAAUUUCCAGGUCAACCUCCAAGAAAUUGCAAAACUUGCCAUUUAGCCAAAAUAGCAAUCUUGGAACAGGCAAAAUCGCAACUUCCUCUUUUAGAAAAAGAAGCUGAGAAAAUCAUCCAAAUUCGGCAAAAAUUAACCGGUCAUGAAUAA